GGCAUUUUACAAAGACCCUUGCACAGGUGCACUAUUUACUUAUAUAGUUAUGUAGGACUUUCAUUGUGUGAUGUCUUAUGGUUAGAACUACAGCAAAAAUAAUUAUUUUAUUUUGUCUUUGUACAUAGAGAUGACCCUGGGACCAAUGAACAGUGAGGCAUUCAAGACUGCAUUAGCAAAUGGAUUUCUGGCUGGACUGAAUAAUUCAGUAUACGUAUUUGCUGGUGUGGGAGUUUUUGCCCUCAUAAUUAUUAUAAUUGGAGGAUGGGCGAUUAGGAAGAACAUCCGAAAAUCCAAACUUCCUGAUGAGGAGCAACCAAACAUCAGCCCCGUCAUCAGGAAAGCUUCUCUGAAAAAGGAGAAGAGGUUAAAAAAGAAAACAAAGAAAGAAAAGAAGGAGAAAAUGGAGGUGGAACAGAAGGAGGAAGACGAGGAGGAAAUGAAGGGAGAGAAGGAGGGAAAUGUGCAGAAGAAGAAGGAUGAAAAUUCAGGGGAAGCUCAAAUUGAAACCAAAGAGCAAGCAGUACAGACAGACAGCACACAAGAAGUAAAAUGGAAACUUUUGGAGUUUUGGAUGAAGAAAGACCUAGAAGUACAGAGACGGCGAGAGGAAGAACUAAGGGAGGAGGAGGAGUUCUUUAGCUGAAAGAACAACUGAAGCUAAAUUGUUUACAUCACAGCCCCUCUCUUAUAUCUACCAGAGCUACGUAUUCCAGCCAGGGCUCUGCCUCUUCUGCCACUCCUGUGUGCCAAUAUGUCCCGCCCCUGAGAAACCAUCUUGUAUUGUCAUCCUUCUUAUCUCUACCUCUUAUUGAGAAUUCUCCAUGGUUACUAAUUAAUAAAAUUAGACCAAGUAAAUUUAAUGUGUCAAAUAAA